AUGAGCAAUUCUUCCGAGAUCGAGCUUUCCGACAUCAUCGAAGAACAAAGCUCCCCCAGCGAAGAUGGUUCUUCUUCCUCUCCUGGAUCGGAGGUCGGAGCAUCGUCAUCAGCUGCACCCCCUCUGACAAGACAAGCCAGCUUCAAAACAUUCAUGAAGAGCAUCAAGACACAGUUCACAAAGCUGAAAAAAUCAAAGUCUGCCGGGUCUUCAUCAGCAGAUCCUGAAGUCAUGGAACCUGUUCCCGAGGAGGAGAGACAUUCAGUCUCAUUAUACUCUGAGAGAGCUCUCGAGAAGGCGAUUGACGAUGUCACCCGAGAGAUCCAGGAGGAUCUCGCAUAUCAGCGUCUGGGCAAGGCUUGCUUCGUCGAUCCAGCAACAAGAAACGCGCUUCCGUCGAUAGAGCACGUGCAUAUCGUAUACAGAGAUAUCAUGGACAAUGCCACUCUACAUGACACUAUCCACAGCUUUGUCUCUGAGAAGAUGGAGCUGGAGCGCAACUUGGCUCUGGAGGCUGUAAAUUAGGGGG